GCGCCUGUCCCCAGCGAGGUGGCCGUCUACAUCAGCUCCGCCACCUCGGAUAUGGACGCGGAGAGGGAGGCCCUGCUGGGCACUGCGUGCCCCGAGCUGCUGACCUUCUGCCGGAAGCAAGGCCUGCCCUUCGAGGCUGUGGACCUGCGCUGGGGCCUGCGGGAUUCAGAGGCUGCCGACUGGCUCACAGCUGAGCUGUGCCUGGAGGAGCUGGAGCGCUGCCAGAGGACGUCCCUGGGCCCGGCCUUCGUGGCUCUCGUGGGUGACCAGUACGGCCCCUGUUCUCUCCCCCGGCGCAUCGAGGAAAAGGAGUGGGAGGCUCUGCUGGCCCAGCUGAGCACCAGGCCCCGUGACCUGGAGCUGGUGGCCCGUCGCUUCCGGCGGGAUGAGAAUUCAGUGCCCCCCAGUUACGUGUUGCAGGCGGUGGGUGCUGGGGAGGCCCCUGGUCCCGAGGAGGCCACCCUGAUCUCAGUCCUGCGGGCUGCAGCCCAGGAGGCAUGGAGACUGGGCCUCAUCAGCCGCGAGCAGUGGCAGUGCUACCAUCACUCAGGGCUGCAGUGGGAGCUGGAGCGCGGCCUGCUGAGCGGCGCCCCAGGGGCCACCGUGCUGCUGCGCGAGAUCCCGGAGCUUGGCAGACACCUGCUGCAGGACUGCGCGCUGCCCGUGGUGGACCGGCUGCCCGACGGCUGUGUGGACGAGGUCGCGCGGGGCCACCUCGGCAGUCUCAAGCAGCGCGUGGCCCAGGAGCGGCCCGGGGCGCUCACGGUGCACCGCCUGCCGUGGGCCCGCGACCUGGUAAACCCCAGGAACAAGGCCCAUGCGCGCUACCUGCGUGAGCUGGGGGAGCAGUUCGUGGCCAGCGCCUCGCGCCAGCUCCUACAGCACCUCAGGGAGCAGCCGCCCACCCCGCCUGGCCUGGCCUGGCUCUUCCAGGACAUCCGCCACCACCUGUGGCAGGGCGCCGAGGCCACCAGGGCCUUCUGCGGCCGCCAGGAGCUCCUGGCCCGGCUGGGCCAGCGGCUGCGGCAGGACGACCGCCGUCCCCACAGCCCCCUGGUGCUCUUCGGUGCCCCGGGCACCGGGAAGACUGCGGUGCUGUGCAAGCUGGCUGAGCAGGCGGCCGGGCUCCUGGGCCGCAAGACGGUGACGGUGCUGCGGCUGCUAGGGACGUCGCAGGGCAGCGCAGAUGCCCGCAGGCUCCUGGCCAGCCUGUGUCUGCAGCUGUGCCUGGCCUUCGGGCUGCCCACGCCGCCCGGCCAGGUGCUGCAGGCCCGAGCCAGGCUGGGCCACUUCUUCCACGUGCUGCUCCACACCGUGGGCCGCAGGGACUUCGAGUCCCUGGUGAUCCUGCUGGACGCCGUGGACGACCUGGACCCCGGGUGCCACUCCCGGGGCGUCCCCUGGCUGCCCCUCGUCUGCCCGCCGCGGGUGCACCUGGUACUGUCCGCCUGCUCCGGGCCACGCGACGCUCUGGACGCCAUUCGAACCACACUCAGGGACCCAGACGCCUACUGGGAGGUGGGGCCCCUCGGGGCAGACCAGGGCCGGGAGAUGGUGCGGACGCUGCUGGCAGAGGCCAGGCGCACGCUGAGCCCGGCCCAGCGCGACCUGCUGUGGGCCAGCCUGCCGGAGUGCGGGCACCCGGGCCGCCUGUGGCUGGCCUUCCACGAGGCCCACAGCUGGGCCUCCUUCUCCGUGCCCGCCCCCCUGACCCCCUCUGCCGAGGAGGCGACUCACCAGCUCUGUGCCCGCCUGGAGCAGACACACGACCCACUCCUGGUGGCCCACGUGCUGGGCUACAUUGCGGCUUCCCGGCACGGACUGGCGGAGGCGGAGCUGAAGGACGUGCUGUCACUGGAUGACGAGGUGCUGCUGGCCGCCUACAGCGACUGGACGCCUCCCAGCCGGGAGCUGAUGCGCUUCCCGCCGCUGCUGUGGGUGCGGCUGCGCCGGGACCUGGGCCGCUGCUUGGCGCGGCGGCCCAUGCACGGCACCACGCUGCUGGCCAUUGCCCACAGGCAGCUGGCCGAGGUGGUCCGCGCACGCUACCUGACCCCACCCAGGGCAGCUGCACGGCACGGGGUCCUGGCCGACUUCUUCUCCGGCGCCUGGAGCCAGGGCACCAAGAAGCACAUCACUCUGCCACGCGUAGGGAGGCCACUGAGCCUGGACCGCAAGGUGGCGCCGCAGCCCCUGUGGUUCUCAGACUCCGCUGCCAACGAGCGGAAGCUGGCGGAGCUCCCCUUCCACCUGCUGCGCGCUGGCCGCACCGAGGAGCUCCUGCGGGACGUUCUGGGUGACAUGAGCUGGCUGUCCUGUCGGGUGCUGUCCAGUGGCCUUGAUGCUCUGCUGGAUGACGUGGACCUGUGUAUGCCCCACGUGGAAGGCCCUGAGCUGGGCCUGGUGCGCGAGGCGCUCGAGCUCUGCCGCCCAGCCCUGGAGCUGCGGGGUGCAGAGAGGAGUGUGCUGUACACAGAGCUGCUGGCCAGGCUGCAGCACUUCGCCCCGUCGUGCCCGGUGCUGGUGGGGCCGCUCUGCCGGCAGGCCCAGGCCUGGCUCCACGCGUGCCCGCAACCGGUGCUGGUGCCGCUGGCUGGGUGCCUGCAGCCCCCUGGGGGCCCCCUGCGUGCUGUCCUCACAGGCUGUCACAGAGGUGUCACAGCCCUGGCGUGGAGCCCGGAGGAGCAGCUGCUGGUGGUGGGCGCCCAGGACGGCGUGGUGACCGUGUGGGACGUGCAGGAGCAGCGUGUGACCCACAUCCUCACGGGACACACAGGCGAGGUGACGUGUGUGGCCGUGCUUGCCCGGGGGACGCUGGCCAUCUCUGCCUGCAGGGACCACACGCUGCGCCUGUGGCACCUGCUGUCUGGCCGGGAGAGGGGGACCCUGCGGGACGCGGGGCUCCCGGACCCCCAGCCCUGUGGCCUGCACAUGGACGAGGCGCGGAACGUGGUGUACGCGGCCUGGGGCUCACAGAUCAGCGCGUGGAGCCUGCAGACGGCCGAGCUGGUUUUCCGGGUCCUGGGCAACAUCUCCGACCCCUGGGUGUGCGUGGCGGUGCUGGUGCCGCACGCUGGGCUGCUGGCCCUGUCCAGGGGUGGCGUCGUCAGUAUGUGGAGCCCAGACACUGGACAGCUGCAGGGGACACGGCUGCUGCCCAGCUCUCCAGACGAGACCCUGACCUGCGCGGCCCCUGUCCACAGACAAGGGAGGGUGAUUGCGGGGUUCAGCAGCGGCUCCAUCGCUGUGGUUUCCCUGCACAGCGAGCACGAGGACUGGCGGCUGGACAGGCUCCCGGAAGCCGCGUGCUUCCUGGUGCUGGCAGAGGACGAGUCGCUGCUGGCCGCAGGCUUCGGGAGCCGCGUGCGGGUGUUCCUGGCCGCUGCGGAGGGCUUCCGCCGGCUCCUGGCCACUGACUUGCAACACGAGGACAGAGUGGAGACCGCGGUGUUCGGGCCCCAGAACAACCUGAUUGUCACCGGGUCCUGGGACGGACUUGUUCAGGUGUGGAGUCUGUCGGAGCAGGGGGUCCUGCUGGCCGCCCUGGAGGGUGUGGGUGGCCCUGUGAGCCUGCUGGCCCGCACUGGGACCCUGGUGGCGUCUGCGUCCCGGCAGUCCUCAUCCCUGAAGGUCUGGGACCUCAGCUUCCCGCAGCGGCUGGGGCGCCCGGCGGCCUUCCUGGACCGCACCGGCCUGGCCGCCGUGUCCCACCGCGGGAACUUCGUCUACUUCCCCAAAGCCGGGGACAAGAGCAAAAUCACCGUCUGGGACGUGGCCGAAGGCGAGGCGCAGGACGCCCUGGACACGUCCAGCGAGGUCCGGCGCCUGGAGGUGGCCGAGGGCCCCAAGCUCCUGUUCGCUGGGCUGGCGUCGGGGGCUGUGCUGGUCUUCCCCCUGGACUCGCGGCAGGACGUGCUGUGCGUCCCUCCGCCCGAGGCCCGCAAGCCGGUCGUGGACAUGGCCCUGAGCAAGCGCGAGGACCGGCUGGCCGUCGCCUACGACAACAUCGUGCUGGUGCUGGACGUGGCGCCCGGGGACCCGUGCCCGGCCGUCGAGGGCCCUGUGUACACCUUCUACACGCAGCUGCCCGAGACCGUCGCCAGCGUGGCCGUGCUGGGCGACCGCCGUGUGCUCUACGGCAUGACCAGCGGCGACCUGUUCCUGUAUGCGUGUGCGGACUCCCAAGUGUUCCCGCUCGAGGCCCACGGCAGCCGCGUCACCUGCGUGGACGUCAGCCACGGCGAGCAGCUGGCGGUCAGCGGGUCCCAGGAGGGCCAGCUGUGCCUCUGGGACCUGGGGACAUGCGCGUGCAGGCUGGAGCUGGGCUACGCGAGCUCCUACUGCCCCGGGGUGCGGUGUGCCUGCUUCUCCCAGGAUGACAAGUACGUGUUUGCGGGUUUGCAGGACCGCUCUGUCAUCGUCUGGAGUGUGCUGGAUGGCACGCUGCUGGCCAGCCAGUUGGUGCAUGCAGUGGUGACCAGAAUCAUCCCAACGUCCAAUGGCUUCAUCGCUCCGACAAGCCACGGCUACAUCCUCCGGGAGCGGUUCCAGUGCCUAGCCUCCAGGGCCUCAGAGCAGGGCCCACUCGGGAAGUUCCAGAAGGCAGUGUGGAGGGUCAAGUGGAGGCAGAGGCGGGAGCUGGCGGAGGGAGCCCCCCAGGACUCGGCGUCGGAGGGGACCCAGGGAAGGGAGCCCAAGCCCAACAAGCGCUCCCAGGUCUGCCUGAUCGUGUGAGCCGGGGGUCAGCCCUACUCAGUCUGGCUGCAGCACAGAAAUUGGCUUUACUAGAGCACACCCAGCCCCAAGACCUCCACGCAUUUUCCAUUCUUCUAAUCCUCUCCUCCCCAUGGGAUCCAUUCUUAGACCUGCAGCUCUAGGUUGGCAGUGUGCAGGCCAGUGCCCUGCCAGCUCAGGGUCAGGGGAGAGAGCGAUUCUGGUUCUGAGAGCUGCAACCAGGAGCCAGCCCUUUGUCCACUGGCUGGAUUGGCUGAACGUGCACCCUUGAACCAGUCACCUUGCCCUGUGAGAAUGCAGCUCCCUGACUGGCUGGCCCGAUCCAAUGCCCACCACCGGAUGGGCGAUAAAAUCCACAGCGGGCUGGGCCCCGAAGGGGGUGCGAUUGCUGGGUGCUGGCAGGGAGGAGGGCGGGAAGCAUGGGUAUGAGAUGGGCUAGACCAGAGAGAGGACCUCAGGCCCCUCCAGUCCGUGUAGCCGCAGAGGCUGUCCUCUGGGCCUGUCCCAGCCCACGCUUCAGGGAGGACAGGCGUUGCUGAGUCCACUUUGCAGAUGGGGAGGCGGGGCCGUGCCGAGGUGACCUGCACUUGCUCCAGGGCACACGCCUGAGGUGUGAGAGCUUGCAGGACAACCAGGAGCCGCCUGUCCCAAUCCCUGUGGCCCAGCCGGUCUCAUUUAGCCUUCACAGGGAGACUUCGCGCGACCUGUGCCCUGCUGUCAGCGCUCCCUUGCUGGUACGCAGAGCCAGAAAGCCAGAUUUUAUACCCGUGUUGCACUUGUAAAAGCCAUCUGCUCAGAUGUGCACCCACAGGCACCCUGGGCCUGUCUGUCUCUAGUUCAUGAGUUGAUCUGGGGCUCACGCUGGCAUUAAAAUGAUAAACGUGUGAUAGCUGUUGCAGCUGCAGCCUCUGGAUCCCUAACGCACGGCAAAGACGCUGUACGAGCCUGCAGGCUGGAGACUCCCGGACCCACAGCAGGAAGGGCCUGUGGGUCCCGCUCCACUGCUGGGCCAUCUCCCUGCAUGGGUGUGGCGGCCCUGCCGCUCCCGCCUAGCUAUGGGGGACUUCCUCUUUCCCGGAGCCUCCUAGGCGCUCCCCUUGCACUGGGGCUUUUGCUGUAAUAACAGGAGGCUUCACGCCGUCCAGGUGCCGUCCUUCCUCCCCUCCACUGGAGCCCUUGGAGAUUCCGAAACACAACCCUGGAAAAGGAGGCUUUCUCGUGGCACCAGGUGGAACCCAAGACUCAUGCAUACUGGGGAAGGGCCCUAUCGCCAAGAUGCACCCCAGCCCACAAGAUGAAGCUUUUAGGCUUGAUGAGACGCUACUCGUUCUUCUACCCACUUUCCAAACCAGGGUUCCAAGGCAGGCCUGGAUGGUUCUGCAAAUGUCCAGACCCAGUCCCAUUUCUGAAAUACUUCACAGUCGGCUGAGUGCAGAGGCACACGCCUAUAAUGUCAGCACCUUGGGAGGCUGUGGCAGGAAGAGCCCCAGUUAGAGGCCUGCCUGGGCAA